AUGGUUGGGUCGGAGGAGAGUGCAUUUCAACUGCCAGUCCAGUUGGUGGGAUUCCCAUUUAUAAUUAUGGCUGUUCGACUAACGAAUUUCGUUAAGAAGCUUUCGUAUGCACUGAACCCAGAGACAUACCGUUCUAGAAAUCGUCGUGCCCUGACUUUUGGUGGUGAAGUAACAGAACCUUAUGACCCUCAAGAUGUUGAGAAAUAUAUAAUAGGGGAGUUCGGUACUCGAGCGUGCGUCUUUGAGCGCGUGUGUGCGCAUUAUGCUACACGUGCGCAAGCGCAGCCCCGGCCGCAAAUGGAUUGGUCAAACGUUUUUAGCCAAUAUAAACAAUCCCCGGACCAAGCGAAGGAAUUGUAUUUACUAAGUGUUUUCCUUGGCGACAUCGUCGGGUCACCACAACUCUGUCACCAGCUCGGAAAGAAGAGAGGAUGCAAUGAACAUCUUUUAGAUGGACCACAAACAUAG